GUGUGGAUGCGUCGCCCGUGCGGUGUGUGGAAGUGUAGGGAGCUACUGUUUUCAUUUCGCGAUUCUGUGCUCUGUGCCCGCAGAAAACGUUUCAUUUACCAUCGUGAGAUUUUGUUCGGUUCCGCAAUGCAGCACAUAUUGCACAGAGCCAGGGAUAAGCUUUCACUACUAUCCCGUUGACGCGGCACGUCGCCGAGAAUGGCUCGUCAGGCUUCGGAACGGCAAGGCGCCUUCCAAGUAUGCGAUGGUGUGCAGUAAGCACUUCGACGAUGAUCAUGAAAAGUGCUCCAUACACUGGAUGCCACCAGUGAACUGGAAGGAAGCGCUGGCAUGGCAGACCCCCCACUGGGUUCCACAUCAGCUGCCUAGAGCUCCCGUGUCAAGUCUUUCAGCCAGAUCACCUGACCAGAAGCCUGAUAACUGUGGCCUUAAAGCGCGGAUCAAGAAACAUGGCCAGGCUGGCCUCUUCGCCAAAUUCGCACUCCGUUUCCCAGGUGCUGACACUGCUGUGCUGACAUGGGCAGAACUCGACGACGGCGAGAUCAUUAGUCGAGUUUCUGCUGCACCGCCGGACGCAACUCUGAGUCGGAAGAUGACGGACCAUGUGCUAUGCUGCCGUCGCAUACGGAGCGUGUGCAAGCAGUGACUGUGCUUUCAGCUGCCUAUAGUGACCGCAGUCCCCGUGAGGUCGAAAUAAAUGGUCGGUGACUAUAUCCCUAAAA